AUGGCCAGCCAAAUACCAGAAAAGGUACACAUCCGGCAUUGCAUGCUCUUUGAGUUUCGCAAGGGAAAUAACGCAACAGUUGCUACCAAAAACAUUUGCGAUGUUUAUUCAAAUGCACUGGACAUUCGUAAAUGCCAAAGGUGGUUUUCCAAGUUCAAAUCGGGUAAUUUUGAUCUUUCCGACUCGUAUCGAUCAGGAAGACCAUCAGCGUUAGAUAACGACGUGUUAAGGGCGCAAGUGGAAGCAAAUCCGUGUCAGACGAUCGAGGAAUUGUCAAACAGUCUCAACAAACCUUGGUCGACCAUCCAAGAACAUUUGAAGCAGAUUGGGAAAAGGGUCGUGACCCCCUCGGUGUCUCUCCAGAGAGGUUGCGAAGCCUUUAUAGUGGAGUUGCUCAAGGCCGAGGAGCUAGAUUUAUUAAGAAAAAUGUUAAAAAAGACAUACGAGGGGAGUCUUCUUUUAAAAAAAGUAUGUCACGAAAAUAUUACAUUUACAAUAACGCUGGGUCAAACUUACCCGAUCGAACUUGAUGAAGGUGUUGCUCGUUGCGCGGGCGGCGUCGCCCUGAGCGAACCAUCGGGGCGGGUAGCGGGGAGAUAUCGCUUCAGCUACUCAAACGCUUAA